GCAGGUGCGUGAUAGAAGCAAUCUUCGUUUAUUGUGUCUGUUUCACGAGAUAGAAGCCUCACUACACCCCUGGAGAGGCACGAAAUUCCAAGGCUGAGUUUGUCUGAGCUGAGCUGCCGUCUUCACAAAGUUGUGGUUCAUAAUAAGUAUCGCCUUGUUUACGCAUGUAAGACGUAAAAUUCUUGUGUACUGUAGUUUUGUUUCAGCGUCAACUUCGUGAUUAAAACCGGCUUGUCAACGUAAAGUCGAGUCAGAUACUACCUCGUAUUGUUUGAAUUGGCUGCUGCUACACUACGCUGUCGCAACAAAGUCCUCCUUCGCUUUCUACUUCAGUCUAUCAUUCACUUUCUUCUCGUCCACAAUCACAACGGAAACAUCAUGGCAACCCCGACAAUUCCCCACCCCUCUUUGGCGAAAGCCGAUGACUUUCUCCGGGUGAUCAAGAAGAAUCACGACAAGCGGUGGAAAAACGGCAUUUCCUCUUUCAACGCGGAACGCGCUCCGUUCUGGCGGUUCGUGGUCAACGGCAUGAAGGUGGCCGACUCGUGCAAAAGUUGCAACUACCUCCGGGCCAUCGUCGCUGCGGAGAUUGCCGUUUAUGCCGAUCGCGCGAUGCUCCCGCCAAAGGCCGCGCGGACCAUGUUUGCCGACCUGGGGAAGAAGUUCGGUGGACAAGUCAACAUCGUGAACAGCGCCGAGGGGGUUGGCACCGACGUGGACGAUGGCGAGAUCCCGCGGAUUCUGGCCAGCGCGAUUCAGGACCUCGGGCCGAAGGAGACCAUUCCGGAGGACGUAAAGGAGAGGCUGCUUGUCUGCGCAAAGAAGCUGAUGCUGAACAACAAGCACCUGGGACCGAAGACCAAGCCGGGGCAAGAGAUGGAGUACUGGAGUGCGGACCUGGAGACCCUGGGGCAGGACUUGCUGCAAAAGAUUGGACAACUGAAUUCGCACGUUUUGAAGGCGGUGGAGGACGAAGCUGCGGCGAAAAAAGCAGAGGAGACGAAGAAGAUGCCACAGCAACUUGCGCAGCUGCUGGACAUGAUGAAUGGGAAGAACGCGACAACCAAGAGCGGGCAGGAAAUGACGCAAGAGGAAACGGACAUGCAGAACAAAUUUAGAAACUUUAUGCGCCCCAAAGUAAGUGCGUGAGUUCGCUUUUGUGUAAAGUAGUUGUGUUAAUACCGAGGAGCCAGUGCUUUUUUUCCGCAUUGGAUCUGUGAACAAGCAUCAACAUGCGACAAAAAAAGUUGUCUGAAGAAAUUAACUUCUACCCCCAAGAACAGGUGCAGAAGACCCCCGGCGGACCGUUUCUCCCCAUGAACGACGAGGAAUACCAGAAGCAUUUGGACGCCGUGAAAGACCCCGCCAAGAGGCGCAACAUGUUCGCCCCCCUGCCCAAAGACGCGCUGGACAAGUGGCAGAAAGCGGAUCGGGAAGCGGCGCAGAAAACGGAUCGCCGGGACAAGGUGCUGCAAAGCAUCGCCAUGCCAAGCGGCCUCGGUGAGAUGGAAACCGUGCGGGGGGCGUGAUGGAGGUACUGCGCAGAGGACAACACGCCCUAUCGCUGAUCUUUGAUGCCUCGCAAAUAAGUUGGACGCCUAAGCCUCUGCCUCGCUUUGUAUGAUGCUUAAUAUUUUCAGAUACAUUUAUGUUGCUGCUCCCUGACUGUACAGGAUGGCCGUUACACUAGUACUAAACGUUGAUGUAGUCCAUUGAAAUGUACGGAAUCGAAAACCAAAUGAAAAGAUGUAUCAACCAACGAAAUGAUAUAUGAGUUGCAGUUUUGCCAGCGACACCGUGUACAAUAAUGACUUUGAACACUUGUUCGCAGGCCUAGUAGUGUACAGCUUUCAUUGUUAUUGAACCCGUCGAAAAGUGUACCAAGACACAGAAAAGAAACAGCUCCCUUGAAGACGACGCUUUUCGCCGCGGAGAGAAAAGGCAAAAUCCAGGCAGGCGGCAUUGAUUUUCGCACGAUUCCAAUUUUCGUUCUCGAG